AAGAGUCAAUUAAGAAAUAAUGGAGCACACAACAAGUCUAAUAGUUUUCCUUAAGAUGGCUGUUUCACAGAACAAGCGCAUUCUAUUAGUGGCUUUCGUCAUCCUCUGCCUCUUCUCCACCCAAACAAUAGCACGAACGUUGAAAGAAAAAACCAAUAUAACUAGUGGGGAUGCCAGCAAUGUUCAACAUAGUAACGAAUCGCAUCCCGAGGUAUUUAAGCCAAAAGAUGAGGAUGUUAACGUUGGUGGUGAUGUGUUCUCAGUGGAUUACACUCCAGCAUCCAGAAAACCACCGAUUCACAAUUAAAUACUUCGCAAUUUUGGUAAAGUAGAUAAUGAAGAAAAAUUGUACUAAUAUUCAAGAAUAAGCUGUCUUUUUUUUUUUUUGUAAAAAGGUUAUUAUAGCUAGAAGAUAAGGUAAUUAAUAUAAGUAUUAUCAUUUUUUGGCAACAGUGAAAUUUUCGGUGUCAACUACGUGAUUGAAAUUAUCUUCACUUUGUUCGAUUUCUUCUGAUGUUAAAGAUCCUUAAAAAGUUAAAACUACAAAAAGGAAAGGUGAUGUUUAUGAAGAAUUAAACUACACAGAAUUAUUUAUUGCUAGGCAUAUGCAUGUGUACAGUGUACUACACAGCCUAUCUUUUAUUUAUUGUUCAUAGGUCAAUGGAAACAAAUAUUACAUGUAAUUUACGAAAAACAUUAUUUGCCAGUAAUAGCUUUAGCUGAACA